GCGUGGCGGCAUAUUAUUGGUUAGCACAGCGUGGAGACAUGGCGGCCCGUUUCUCCUUCUCUUUCCUUGGCAAGCUCCAAACCGCGGCAUGGCCAAGUAAUAAGAGUAGUUCUUGCUCAGAGAAGGCAUGGCGAAGUACACAAAACGGCUCGUCGUUUUUCUAUUUCUAUGCUUGACAAAUUCUCUUCAUUUGUUGACUCUUUCUUGUUCUACUUCGCUUCAGGGUUCUAAAGACUAUGCUGCUUCAAGAGCUUUGCAGCAUGAGCAAGGGAAUGCCCAUGAAGUGCAUUGUUCAAGAGAAAGGAGUAGGGCAGCGUGGAAAAUAAUUGAGGAGUAUUUGAUGCCAUUUGUUGAGAAGGAACAUUAUCAGGUUUCUACCGGGUGUAGGCUUCACCCUGAUAAUGACCUGUACAGGGAUCAAGAGCAGCAUAAGAUCCAUGAAGAUGGAAAUGAAUGGCGAUGUGGGUAUUGUAGAAAGUCUUUCUACGAAGAGAGAUAUCUUAAUAAGCAUUUUGAUAAUAGACACUAUAAUCUGCUGAAUGUGAGUCAUAGUCGGUGCUUAGCAGACGUAUGUGGUGCAUUACAUUGUGACUUUGUAAUGGAUUCUGCAACACGCAAGACUAAGUGCAAUCCUGCAGCUGCUGCAAGGAAUAAACAUCUGUGUGAGAGUCUAGCUAAUAGUUGUUUUCCAGUCAAUGAAGGUCCUUCAGCUCAUCGUCUUAAUGAGCUCUUCUUGCAUCAAUUUUGUGAUGCACACACUUGCACUGGGCGUCAGAAACCUUUUCCUAAGGGGGGCAAGAAGCGAACGAGUAUACUGUACAUCAUAAUAUCUGUCAUGAUUUUGAUGCUGCUGUCAUUUUUCUAUAUUUUCAUGUACUUGUACAGGAGGGGAAUAAAAAGGGGCAGCCAAGUACUGAAGCGGAUACCAAAAAAUAAACACAUGAAGAAGUCUUCAUAAAUGAUGAUCUUUUACAGAUCAUUUUGGUCAUGAUGUUUGAUUCAAUUAAAGCUUUUACAGGAAAAAAAAAAUACAUUUGUUUAUUUGGAUACAAGUGAUAUCAUCUUUCUUUUAGUAUACUUUUCUGUACCCUGAGUUUUGGGGUAGAGAAGAACCAGAUACGGAAACGACACAGUGGAAAGAGUAGACUAGGCUUCGAUGUGAUAAAGGAUGAUAUUUCAAGCUUCAUUUUAGAAGGCAAGUGAAAAUAGAAUUAUUUUCUGAAUAUGAAACUCGGAUAAUACACCAAUUACCGGUA